AUGGCAAGACUAUUGUUACUUUUCCUUCCCGGUCUUAUGGCCGUAGGCACCGUGCAUGGAAUAUUCAUGGACAAACUUGCUUCCAAGAAGCUCUGUGCAGAUGAAGAGUGUGUCUAUACUAUUUCUCUGGCCAGAGCUCAAGAAGAUUACAGUGCCCCAGACUGUAGAUUCAUUAACGUUAAAAAAGGGCAGCAGAUAUAUGUUUACUCAAAGCUGGUAAAAGAAAAUGAAGCUGGAGAAUUUUGGGCUGGCAGUGUGUAUGGUGAUGACCAUGAGGACGAGAUGGGAAUGGUGGGUUAUUUUCCCAGAAACUUGGUGGAGGAGCAACACGUGUACCAGGAAGCCACCAAGGAAGUCCCGACCACGGAUAUUGACUUUUUCUGCGAGUAA